AUGUCGGAGCGAAAAGUCCUUCAGAAAUACUACCCCGCGGACUUCGAUCCCCGGGCCCUGGCCCGGAAGUCCGGUCCUAAGAAGACCGGCCCGAGGGUGCAGCCGGUCCGACUCAUGGCGCCGUUCUCGAUGAAGUGUCUGACGUGUGGCGAGUUCAUCUACCGCGGGCGCAAGUUUAACUCGCGCAAGGUGACCGACCAGUCGCAGCGCUACCUCAACAUCCAAAUCUUCUCCUUCCACAUCAAGUGCACGCGGUGCAGCGCCGAGAUCACCUUCCGCACCGACCCGCAGAACAACGACUACGCCAUGGUCAGCGGCGCCGUCCGCAACAUGGAGCCCUGGCGCGACCGCGCGACCGCCGGCGAGUCCCUCGACGCGCGCCUCGACCGCCUUGAGAUGGAGGAGGCCGAGGCCGCCGGCGAGCACGAGGCCGAGCGCGAUGCCAUGAGCGAACUCGAGGCCAAGAACGCCGACGCUCGGAGGGAGAUGGCCGCCGCCGACGCGCUCGACGAGAUCAGGCAGCGCAACGCCCGCAUACACCGCUCGGAGAAGGACGGCGUCGACUUCGCGGACGCGGUGGUGCGCGGCGAGGACGAGGAGCGCGCGAGGCAGGACGCGGAGGAUGCGGAGGCGUCGCGGCGGGCGUUCGCGAAGGCGGCUAGAAGUGCGGAGCAGGAGAGCAGUCGCCCAGAUCUGGCAGCGGUUGUGACGGAGAAGGAUGCGGCGGCGCGGCCUGCCGACGAGGAGGUGAGCGAGAUGCCGCCACCGCCGGUGCCGGUACCGUCGUUCAAGAGGACGGUGAAGAAGAAGAAGGACCUCUCGGCGGCGCUGGGCAUCAAGAAGAAGCCAGCUCUGGUUUAA